UGAAAUAAAAACCAAUAUCAAGUCUCAAUGUAAAGGUGAAAUCACAUUGCAGACAUUGAGUUUCCAAAACUGUGAUUCACCAAUGAUAUGGCCCCCGGGUUCUCGACCAUCCUCUCUGCAAUCGCAGUUUUAUCAUUGAUUUCUCGGACAAAAGGGUGCCAAUUUUAUCCAAUUGGUGAAUAUCUGCGGUUUGUUCGGGUGCCAGAAAACUUACCCGUCGGAGGAGAAGUACUACAGGUCGAUGUCCAUCCGAGAAGAAAUCUCAUCCUCCAACCAGUCGACAAGAUCGACGAUGUGGACUUUUUUAAAUACCGAACGGUGAACAAGACCACGAUAUCCAUUCGUUUGGUCAAGUCUCUGGAGGACCUUGUCGAUAGUGCCACCCCUCAAAAUGUGCUGAAAUUUCGUAUGGUGUGCGAAUAUGACGAUGGAAGUGACACCAUUUCUUCCUAUCUGUCCGUCACCGUCUACGUGGAGGACGUGAAUGACCAUGAGCCGGAGUUCAUUGACGCCCCGUACAAAGUUGCAGUUGACGAACUUACCCCGACAGGCAUAACCAUCUUCAAAGGUAUUCAAGCGAUUGAUAGGGAUAAACCAAAUACACCAAACUCUGACGUGCAAUAUUCGAUAUUGGAUGGAAACGAGCAUGGAAAAUUCGCUCUGGAGAGCAGUCACCGGGCGGCUGUCGUUCUACGGAAGCCUCUCGACUAUGACACUGGAGAUCAUCAGUUCAUCCUCACUCUCAUGGCCAGCGAUCGUGGUUCACCGCCAAGAAACUCAACAACAACUCUAAUAGUCACUGUCAAUGAUAACGAUGAUUUGAAUCCAAAAUUCACGAAAGACGUCUACAGAGUUCAAAUACCUGAGUUUUACCCGAUAACGGGGAGGCGAAUCCACCAAGAAAUCAAAUUCGAGCCACCGAUUCAUGCAGAGGAUCAAGACCGAGCUAUCAAUGCAUCAAUUCGCUACGAUUUAAUUGCUGGAAACGAUCGACAUUUAUUUUCGCUGGAUCUCAAAAAUGGCUCUUUAUUCCUCGAAAAAGAACUGGAUGUGGAUUCUCUCCCGGGCAGCACGUUUACACUUCAAAUUCAAGCCUCCCAAAUGGAUAACCCACUCAAGGCUGGAAUCGCACGUGUAGAGGUUGAGCUAUUGGACAUCAACGACAAUCAGCCUCAGUUUGAAGUUGACGUCUACAACAUAAGCAUUGUUGAAAAUCUACCGAAUGGUUUCAGCGUGUUGCAAGUUGUUGCCACCGAUCAAGACCAGGGUGAUAAUGGCGAGUUCAUCUACCAUUUGGUUGAUCCAAGUCAAGCUUUCAGUAUAGACAGCCACUCUGGAUGGCUGACCGUCCGAAAUCAGGCGAAACUAGAUCGAGAGACGAAGCCGUCUCUUGGUAUGCGAGUUUACGCUAGAGAAAAACUCCCGUCUGUUGUAUCCAGUAAUUCUGAAGGGGACUCAUUCGUGUCGGUGGAGGUGACUUUAUUGGAUGCCAAUGACAACAAUCCUGUGUUUGUUCCUACCAACUUGUACGAAUUCUCAGUGCCAUCAAAUGCUCCUAUCGGACAAGUCGUCGGAAGGGUGGAAGCUCGUGAUCCGGAUCUGGGUCGAAACGGGAUGGUGCUCUACGACCUGCAGCGAGGGAAUCUGUCCUCGACGUCGAAGCCGUUGCUCUUCUCGGUGGACGCCCAAAGCGGGAAGAUCAGCGUGGCCGACUCCCCGCUCCCGCCCGGGCGCCACGCGCAGUUCGUCGAGGCCUCCGACCAGCCCGUCAACCCCAGCGAGCGACGCUACUCCCUCGCCGUCGUCACCAUCGAAGUCACAGCCUCCGCAGGUGAUGGGAGCAAAGUGCCCGAUUUUAUUGGAGCUCCGUACGAGUUUUGGGUCGGAAGUGAUGUCCCUAUCGGCACAAGUGUGGGACAAAUACGUCUGAACAACGCCAUAGACCACAAUAAAGUCAUUUAUGAUUUACUACACAGCUAUCACGAAGGAGUUCCGUUUGCCGUCGAAGAACGCUCAGGCACCAUCACGGUGAUCGAUGAAAUGCGAAAGUUUGGGCGGACUCUGUACGACUUUGAGGCAGUCGUUGCAGACGAAAAAGAAAACACGCUGGCUACGAAUGUUACAAUUCAUAUAGUCGAGUCAGAAUCAGGGGUGCCUUUCUCGAGGACUAGCACAGAACCAAUCACCAUGGAAUUCAAAGUUCGCGAGAAUCUGUCUGGAGCGUUAGUUGGUCAGCUAGUCAAAGGUGGUGGGAGAUCAAAAAUAGACAGGUUUGGAAACAAAACGUCAGAAUCCACUCGAUGGAGAAAUCAAAGGUUCAUCAUCGCCAGCCAACCGGAUGUCCUCGAGCAGUUCGCGAUAUCACAAGACGGCACAAUAUACACGCAAAAAGGGCUCGACAGAGAAACAAAAGACACAUAUCAAUUGACCAUCAUCGGUGAAAACGGGAAUGGAAUUGUACGAGGAGGAGAAAUUUAUCAAGUGAAAGUACACGUUGAGGACGAGAAUGAUAACCCGCCAAUGUUCGAUCGGCAGUGGUACAAAGGCUCUGUGAAAGAAAACGUGAUAGCACUCUCUGAAGUUAAAAUGGAGGAGCCAAUUAAAGCUAAGGACGCAGAUAUUAAUGGCAAUGCGCAGUUCAAGAUGAGUCUCCGAGGGGAGGGUAGCGAGCUGUUUAUUUUGGAUCAAACAACUGGCAAUCUUCUGGUUAAGAGUGACGCAAGUCUAGAUCGAGAAAUGAAAGACUCCUACACCUUGCGUAUCAUCGCCAGAGACAAAGGGAAUCUGAGUUCGGAGGCCCGGGUGACGAUCUCGAUCGAGGACGUGAACGACAACGCACCGCGUUUCGUCCAGAUGAUCGUGCACCAACGCGAGGGCGUGGACGUCAUCAAAACGACGUCGGACGGCACCAACAACCUCAACGUCGUCUCCGGCAAUUCCACCGUCCUCAAAUCCCGGAAGAACCUCUUCAAGGAGCCCUCCGUCCCGGUCGUCCUCAUCCCCGAGAACAUCCCCGUGGGCACGAACCUCCUCAAGCUCAACGCCGUCGAUAAGGACAUCGGCGAGAACGCUCUCAUCACCUACUCCAUCAACAGCGAGACCGUCACGUCCGACGGGGCCAUGCCCAUGAAGAAGCAUCUCGCCCAUUUCACCAUACACCCAGCCACCGGCGAGCUAUCUAUCGCCAGUUUCCUCCCACCAGAAACGGAAUUCCGGCUGAACAUCUCAGCGACGGACUCGGGGGAUCUCUCCGGGCACACGAUCAUCAAGAUCUACGUGAAGGACGUCAACGACAACGCGCCGGUGUUCACGAAGCCGUGGUACGACUUCACGAUCCCGGAGGGGACGUACACGAACCACCUGCUGGGGCACGUGGCGGCGACGGACGCCGACUUCGGGGAGAACGCCAACGUGACGUACGCCAUCCUGCAGAAGCACGAGAGCGGGGCCGCCCUCCCGUUCGCCAUCACCGGCGCCGGCGGGAUCCUCAUCAACGGGGAGCUCGACCGCGAGACCACGCCGUCCUUCCUCCUGAGGGUCAUCGCCCAGGACAACGGGCCCCUCAACACCCGGCUCAGGACCACCGUCGAUGUCGAAGUCCACGUCGCUGACAUCAACGACAACCCGCCUGUCUUCUACAGUUACGACAGACUGCUGAAGAUCCCAGCAUCCGAGCUGGUGGACAUCGAGGCACUGCCGAAGUUGGACGAGAAGUUGGAGGGGCUGGCGACGGUGCCGGUGUACUACGCCUCGAUAGUGGAGAACUCGACGCCCGGCGUGCCGAUCGCCCGCGUCUUCGCCAACGACUCGGACUUCGCCGGCAACGGGAACGGCCUGAUCCUCUUCGACAUCGCCCGGAGCCGCGGGCGGGUCGGCAAGGACCUCUUCAGCAUCGACUCCAAGGAGGGCGUCAUCUCCACGACCGCCCCGCUCGACUUCGAGGCCGCCCGCACCCACAACGUCACCGUCGUCGCCUCCGACCUCGGGAAACCCAGUCUCAGCGCCACCGCCUUGUUGGUCGUCAACGUCAUCGACGUCCCUGAGCCUCUUCCCGACGACCAGGGACCUAUGUUCGCGCAUCGCUAUUAUGAGCUCGAGGUGGAAGAAAACUGCGCCGUGCCUUUGGAGAUCCUGGCCCUAAACGUAUCCGCCGAGCACAGGGACAAGCUGGUGGGAGCCGGAGGCUUGCGAUUCAGCAUCGUCCAAGAGGAGAGCAGUGGGUUCUUCCACGUGGAUCCGCGCAACGGGAGCUUGUACCUCAUCAACAGUCCCGACAGGGAGAAGACCGCCGAGCUCGUCGUCAGAGUCAGGGUCGACAGGAUCACCAAACGGGGCAAGACACUCCACAUGAUCUACCCCAUUCAGCCUGAUGCCCUCGCAGAUAUUGCCCCAAACGAAGUUAAAGUAAUCGUGAAGAUAAUUGACGUCAACGAUAACUCACCCCGUUUCAUUGGGAACGGACGUCCCUUGGUGGCGGCAAUACCGACAACGGCAAGCUACGGAUAUCCGAUCGUCCGACUUCAGGCAAAGGAUUUAGAUCAAGGCGCAAACGGUGAGGUCCGCUAUCAGAUUUUAGGUCAAGAAGAGGCUAAAAAAUUUGCGGUGGAUCCAAUCACGGGUCAGAUACGGUCCGUGGCUAGUUUCGUGCGGGAUGCUGGUAGAGUUUUCGGGUUUGAUGUCAAAGCUGUUGACAGGAACGGAGCAGAAGAUGGCCGAUCUGCCAUCGCCAAUGUUUUCGUAUUUGUUCUUGACGAACAGAAGAAGUUGGCUAUGGUUAUUGAAGCCAGGCCUAUGGAAAUUGAAGAGCGAAUGGAAAAUAUUACAAUAGCCCUCUCAAACAUUACAAAUUACGAUGUUCGUGUCAGGAAACUGGAGCCUCGUUUAGACACCCAUCCUGAAGAUCCAAUUGCCACGGAUUUGUAUCUGUAUGCUGUCGAUCCUCUCAUGAAUACAAUCGUUGAUAACGACCUUCUCAGCAAUGCUCUAAUGACGAAGGAAAAAGAAGUGCGAUUGGCAUUAGAUCCAUACAACAUAAUGGAAAUAGCCACAGUCUCUCCAAUAGUUUCGACGGCUGAAUCGAUACCAAAACCUCAGAGGCCAAUCCUCACCGGGCUGGAGAUCAUGACUAUCAUCUUAGGAUGCAUAGUUUUUGUCGGAGCACUCACAGCCGCAGUCUGCGUUGGAUGCAUCCACCGAAAAGAUAAGAAUGUGAAAUCUAGUACGUUUGCAUCUAACUCAAUGGCUGAAAUAGCAUUUGGGCUCAGCCCGAAACAGGGUCACAUCAUGAACUGCAAGCCACGUUCCAUGUUCCAUCCGCAUCCCUCCUCUUUUAUGGAAGACUCCACGGACAGCUACACCGAAAUGGCAUCCGAGUGUCACAGGCAUCGCCAUAGACAGCAUCAUCGGCACGAGCCGACCUGCGCGCGGCACCAAUCGCGACGCCGCAAGAGCUCGCUCACCCGCUCGCCAAGCACGGCCAUGCUCGAAGCCUCCUUGGCCUCCCUCCACUCCAGCGGAAGGGAUUCCGGCCUCGGGAAAAACAUGGGCCGCUGUCCCUGCGGCCACUCUGCCACCCACUCCUCGGCCAACAGCAGCAACGGGAGUUACGAAGACUCGCUGAAGUCCUUGAAUCGGCAGCACAGUCACAGCAGUGGAAGCGGAGGGGGUUGUUCCCAUGAUCGAUCCCACGACCGAUCCUUGAUGAGGAGACAACAUCAGUACAACACACCCUCCCUCACCCGGAGACCCAGCGAGAGAAUCUUAGUCUGCCCAAUUAACAAUUAGUCUUCUUAAUUUCCGGGACAGUUCGUCGUCUCAUGCACUAGGGGACGUAACUUAAUUGAAUCAGUGAGAACGAAAACAUACCAACUCGAAGAAAUGAAAAUAAUCAAGGCCCACACAAAACUGCGCAGUGCGUGAAUAAGUUAGUCUAAGAAAAAUAAUUUUGGUGCCGAAAGACAAGUACUUAAGGAUACUUUAAAGGUCCAAGUUGGAACAGAUGCGCUACCUUCAAUGACUUAUGAAAAUUGACCGUCUUUAAUACAAAUUGAGCAUUUUCGAAUUACGAGUAGGUGUGUUUUCGUUCUCACUGAUUCAAUUCCAA